GACUAGAGAUGCUCUUCAUCAAAAAACUAGCUAUGUGGCUACACUUGUGGUUAAGGGGCCGAGAUUCGAGGGCCGAGAUUCGAUCAUGCCAAAAAACGGAAUCAUACUCAUGGUGUUCAAGAGGUCGAGGUGAACGCGCCAAGAAACAUGAUGGGAAUUCCACCUAGAGGAAAACUCCGAACACAGCCUGCGACUGAGAAAUUCCCACUUGUCUCGAAAGAGAGGACUUCUACCAAGAGAAAGCCCUGAGAGCCCAUGGAAAACGUCCGGUUGGCACCGGUGUGGGAGCCGGUCUGUGCCGGACAAGCCGGUGAGGCAGCCGGCGCCACCGGGCCAAACAUGAAAAAAUGGUUUAAAAACCAUGAUAACUUUCGCGUAUGGACUCUGAUUUCGAUGAUCUUGGGCUUGUUGAAAUCAGAACAACAAGCCCUACAACUUUAUGCAUAGAAACAUCAUUGUACACCCACGGAGUAAAAACCACAAGAUGAAUGUUUUGACUUAUCUAUAAAAGAGACACCGGUAAAAUCUCCAAGCUCGAAAACGCAAUCGAAGAUGCAUAUGGAUUCCGUUUUCGAUGAACUUGGGCUUGUUGUGAAGCUAGCAACAAGCUCAAGAACCUCACAUAGAGAAAUAGCUUCACAACAAGCCCAAGAACCUCACAUAGAGAAAUAGCAAGAAGCAAUAAGAUUUAUUGAACGCAAAGCUUGUAAAGGGCUGAUGUCCCUAAGACGAUGUGAUCAAGUUACCCAACUGAAAGCCUCUCUUGAUAGUGCGGCUAUCUAUUCUAUAAUCCGGUCUCCCAACAACCACCUUGAGACCGGUAAAAGGAAAACCUAGCAAGGCCAUACCUUUGCCUUGCGCAUCCCGCUUGAUCUCGAUGAUAACUCUUCAAGCUCCACUCAAGCCGGAAUGCCUUACUUGAUCAUUGUUACUUCGUGAAGACUCACAAAUGCUCCCCAUACACCAUGAUGGGAAAGCUUCAUUGAUGCACAUCUUCACAUGUCCAUUAUCACCAAAUGAACGGCAAACUUCAAGCAUAUGAUCCUCUUGAGAUGCUCAUCUUGAACUUGCCCAACUCAACGUUCAUGACGAUCACCACUUGACGUCAUCCUCUCAUGGGCUAUAUGAGAUCUCACUUUUGAUGCAUGCCCAUGAAAAGAUACCUAACCCACAUAGACAACACAAGGGAACAUAUAUGAUGGGUUAGUUCAUAAAGCAUAAUUGACACGGAAUACCAUACCACAUGACUUCUCGUGGCACAUUCUUCAUGCUUCAUGUGUUGACCAAUCUUGAAUAUAUUCUUCACUCUUUGUAUUGGUCAACCUUGUAUCUUCUCAUGUUCUAUCAUAUUAUCUUGAGAUGUAUAAAUAAUUCUUCAUUUGUUUGCAUGCUCUAAAUCUUAGUCAACCAUAGCUCAACUCAUAAGACUAUCAUGACACCGACUUAGAGCCAUAACUUGAAUUCUUCACUUGGAAUCAAGCACUCAAGAUCUUGAUCAUUCAUUGCUUAUCACAUAAGCUAGAGCAUGGCUAAUAUUGAGCUCCACAUAAGAACUCCUUCUUUAUUUCUUCUUCUUGAUCAUAUCACAUAUAUGUCUUCAAAUCGAUGAUCUUGAUGCCAAUACUCAAGGUAUAUCUUUUAUCUUUAUGGCAUCCAUACUUGAAUCCAACACAUGAACUUCAUAUAAACUCAAUGAAAAUAUUAGUCCAUAGGGGUUGUCACUAAUUACCAAAACCACACAUAGGAACAAUAUACCCUUAUAAGAAGAAUCGUCUCCGGUCUCUAUAGUACUUGGCAGUAUACACACCUUCACCUGAGUAGAGGAGGAUGUAGGUGAGGCGGCUGGAUGCCCAUAUGUGCCACCGUGUAAGAAAUGAGAAGUUGGCCAUCCCGUGCAUGAUAUACCUAUAGUACUAGCAUAUAACCACACAUCUAACCUUCCAGCCAUGAUCCAACUAGGAUCGAGCGACGAAAAGGAUUAUGUGUUAUUCCCUUCCUAAUGGUGUCUGUGUUGAAGAACCUUUCGCGUAGUCUGUCUUGUUACCAAUGAUGCUGAUUGAUCAUUGAUGGGUAUGAGUGAUGUUGUGUACCUUUGGUUGCUUCACUAUGGCAUUUAUUCUUUUCUUUUUGUGAUAAUUUAGUUGUGUGCAUCAUCCAUAUAUAGGAUAAUCUUGAUAUCCUGUCGCUCGAGAGGCCACCCUUCUCAAUAGAUUUUCCCAUUUUUCUUUCUAGACUUUGAACCAGAAACCCUGGAUCUGGAGGAGUGAACCGAACAAACCCUCGCGCCUGCACGUAGCCGUUCUCCCGCUGCCUGAGUAGCGGCGCACACCACCUGUUCGACGGAACACCGCCCAGAACAGAAGCGUCAUCCAUGGCGAGCGGGGUGGAUCGCAUCAGCGCCCUGCCGGAGGACGUCCUCCACCACGUGCUCCACUUCCUGCCGGCGCAUGACGCGGUGCGGACGUGCGUGCUCGCCCGGCGCUGGCGCAGCGUCUGGCGGUCCGUGCCCGCCCUCCGCUUCACCGGCACCAAGGGGUGGGACAGCGCCGACAGGUUCGUCCAGUUCGUCGACCACCUGCUGCACCUGCGGUGCGCCGGCGGCGGCGGCGGCGCGCCUCUGGAUUCAUGUGAUUUCGAUUUCGAUGCCGACGGGUUCAUGCAACUGCCCGCUAACGAGCGGCACGCCAGCCACUGGAUGUGGCAAGUUGUGCCCCGUGCCCGGGUCCUCCGGCUUGGUGUCAUCGAGUUUGACCAGGAACCCUCGCCGCUCUCUGAUCUGCAUCUGGUUUCACAGCACCUCACGAGGCUAGAGCUCGUUGGCGUCCGCGUCAACGACAGCGUCGUUGAUUUUUCAGGCUGUCCGGCAUUGGUGGAACUGCGAAUGGAUGUCUGCGAUGUUUUUGUCAACCAGCUGGUGUCUCCAUCGCUGAAACAUCUCCACAUGGCCCGCUGCUAUAGUUUUGAUCAUGCCCGCAUUCUAAUUUCUCUACCGAGCCUCGUUUCGCUCGAGUUGAUUGAGUGCCAAGGAAGGAUUCCAUUGCUCGGAAGCUUGCCGUCGUUAGAACGAGCAGUUGUGGUACUCAACGGGAUCUGUAGUGAUCGAUGUUCAAAUGACCGGUUUGAUUGUUGUGGUAACUGUGAUGGUUGUCGUGAUUAUUACGGGCCUGGUUAUGACCGUGACAGCUGCAUGUUUCUCAAAGGUUUGUCAGAAGCUACAGACUUGGAGUUGUCAGCUUAUUCUGAUGUGAUUGUUUUCAACAGGGAUUUGAAGUGGUGUCCUACAUUUUCCAAGUUAAAGACUUUGUCCCUCAACGACUGGUGUUUGGCUGCUGACCACAAUGCAUUGAUUUGCUUCCUCCAACACUCACCAAUUUUGGAGAAGCUUACUAUUAAACUUUCUAAGGUACGUCCAUAUGUAAUGGAAACAGAAGGCAUAUACAAACCAAUGGGACAGUCAAUUGCAUCUGUCUGUCUUAAGAUAGUUGAAAUCAAAUGUGUAUAUGUUGAUAGGAGUGUUCACAAAAUUCUGAAGAUCCUGACUACUUAUGGCAUACGACUUGAGCAAAUUUAUAUCCAACAUACCAACAAAAUUUCUGGAUCUGGAUGUUUCAGUUUUGUCUGUAAAUUAAUUGUGUGUCUUCCCUUAUCUUUGCAGGUUUCAGUUUUGUCUGUACUGGUUUCAGCGAAAACUAGAGGUAUGACGUCCUGCUGUGGGGCUACAGGAAGAAGCCACUCGUGGCAGCUAUCUGCAUUGGAGGAGAGGUACUCCACCACAUUCAGUGAGCUGUUCACAAGCCCUUGUUGGUCCCCCACUGCUGCUCCUCGUCGUUCCAAAGCCUUUCCCGCUAAUGGUUUUGUACUCCAAACCAGACCAUUGCAGUGUUUGUUCUGUGUUGUUAGGGCUGCAGGCGGCACUGGCAAAGUGACCCGCAAACGCAGAACCAUGCAACCCUAUGUGUUGGGCAAUGCUUCUGAUUGAUGUAAGAAAACCAUUGCGCUAGUUCCAGUUAAAGAAUCCCUCAAUUUCCAAACUGGGCUAAUGUAUUGGCAUGUUGCUAAGAAGCAGAUAAAGUUGCUCGGAAAUGCAGGAAUGAAAACACUUGGCUUAGUUUGGCAACAAAGUUUUUCUAAACUGAA